CAUCUCUAGGAAGUGUGGUAAAAAGGAAAAGAAAAAAAGUUCGAACUGUUCCGCGAACAGCAGAGAGCUCAGAUAGAGCGUGUAGUGGGCAAGACGACGGAAAAUAUUCAGAAGAUCAGCCAGGCAGUAGGUUUUAAAGCGAAUGUUAACCUGCGUGAGUCACUCUCUAACUACAGGUUCAUUGUCUCGACUGGACUUGACUGCUGAAGGUGUGCUGCUGACUUUAGGUUAAGUUUGCGCACCUGAGAGGAUCUUUAAUAGUGCAGAACAGGUCUACCUGCGGCUAAAAGGUGUUAAAGGCACAAUAAGAAAUAGCCUUUACAAGCAGGGCUGACACAAGAAAAUAUUUAUUCUAACUGCUAAUAUCUGUGGGAUGUUUUAGGUUAGUUUAGUGGAGGAUAAUUGCACUUUGUCUUUGCCAACUCUUCUCUGGAUAUCCCAAAUUAACGACGUCUCGAGUCAGAGGAUUUUCUUGUCGGUGCCUUUUCACUGCGAGGAUCUAAAAAAAAAAAAAAAAAGAAAGAAAAAAAGAAAAAGGGGGGGUUCAGAACUCAAACCGUCACCAGAAAUCUUCCUCUUUCCUGGAUCAUGUACCAGGACUACUCCGGGAACUACGACACCUCGUCCCGUGGCAGCAGCACCUCUCCGGCCCAGCCAGAGUCCUUCACGAGCGGCAGCAGCACGAUCGGAAGUCCGAUCUCUACCUCAAGCUACCAGAAGUACAGGGUCGACAUGCCCGGCUCUAACAGUGCCUUCAUACCCACCAUCAAUGCAAUCACGACCAGCCAAGACCUGCAGUGGAUGGUACAGCCCACCGUCAUCACCUCCAUGUCCAACCCUUACUCCCGCUCCCACCCCUAUGGUCAUCACCUGACCAACGGGCCGGGGCUGUUGGGGCACAACACGCUGGCUCGGCCCGGGGUCAUCCGCUCCAUCGGGGACGCCAGGGGCCGACGCAAGAGAGACGAACAGCUCACCCCAGAAGAAGAGGAGAAAAGGAGGGUGCGGCGCGAGAGGAAUAAGUUAGCCGCCGCCAAAUGCCGCAACCGCAGGCGGGAGCUCACCGAGAUGCUGCAGGGGGAGACCGAGAAGCUGGAGGAGGAGAAAGCAGACCUGCAGAAGGAGAUUGAAAGCCUGCAGAAGGAGAAAGACAAGCUGGAGUUCAUGCUGGUCGCCCACAACCCUGUGUGCAAGCUCCCCAUCGACGAGCGCCACCAGCCGUCAGGGCACCCGCAGCACCAGCAGCAGUGCACCCCCCUGCCCCUGACCAUGCGCCCCAACAUGGGAACCCGGGCUCAAAUGAACCAAGUGGUCGUGAAGCAAGAGCCGGAGGAUGACGAGGAGGUGCUGGGCAAGCCCCAGCGCUCCGUCAUCAAGCCCAUCUGCCUGGGUGGCGGCGGCGUCAGCGGCGGGAUGUAUUGCACAGAUGGAGACAGCCUGAACACGCCGGUGGUGGCGGCGUCCACCCCGGCCGCCACACCCAACGCCCCGAGUCUCAUAUUCACCUACCCGAGCAUGCUGGAGCCCGAAAGCCCCUCACCCUCCUCCGAGUCCUGCUCCAAGGCCCACCGGCGCAGCAGCAGCAGCGGCGACCAGUCCUCAGACUCCCUCAACUCGCCCACCCUCCUGGCCCUCUGAGCGAGGGCUCGGCUCGGCACAGCUGAGAAACAAACACUGUGGCUGAAGGCAAGCAUGAGGAUCAACUGUGCGCCCCCCCUCCCCCUCCAGUGUCUUUAAAAGACCAAGAGCACACUCAACAGUCCAGACCAAGCUGACCAUGUGAGCCGUUUCCCCCUCUGCAGGGAGACCCACAAGGGCUACGCCAUGUGUUUCUUCUCGUUCUGCUUCAGUGUCAAUUUUUUUUUUUUUGUAAAAGUGUGUGCACCAAUCCUGAGAAGUGUCAUCCCUUCGCCAUUUCAACUCCAGAGUGUCAACUUGUUUACUGAGCAGACAAUACUGAAGAAAAACAUGCCUGAACCUGGCAAUCGUGAGUUGAUGUGACUGAAACCAGAGAGCGCGUUUUAAUAUAUUUUUUUGAAAAUGUUUAAAAAGCCAUGAGGCCGACACUUGCACUCCGCCAAGACGAAUCAAUAAAUCACUAAACGAGGUCAGCAUUCUACUGGAAUUUCUGAGAAGAGAAAGAGACAAUGAGCAAAGACUUCCUCUCGUGUUUUUUCCAUUUAGAUUUGUCCUUUCGUAACUUGGACCUUGAUUCAGGAAUCACUACUUAGAGUGUACACACAUUUCUAAUGCUAUUUCCAUCUCUUUAAUUGUAUUUAUGGCCUGUGCUGAUUAAAUUUUACAAAGUG